UGUCUUUUGAUGAUUUUUGUAAGUAGUGCUGAAUGUAGAUAUGAAUUUUUAUUUAUGCUAUGUUAUAAAUAAAACAUUAGAAUUUCAAUUUAUGAAACGAUAGAGGUUAGUUAAAAAAAAAAAAAAAAACAAAAUUGAUUUUUUAAUAAAAGAUGGAAACAUGUAAAAUAUCGGAAACUGAAACGAAUGAUUCUUUAAAUUUUGAAGCGACAAUUCCUUGGAAAAACGAGUUAAUAGAGGAGACUUUACCUGAUCACCUAAUCUUUCCGAAAGAAUUGAAUGUAUUUUUACGAAAUCGAAUCCAAGAUUUAAUUGCGGAAAAUGGUUGUUUGCGUCGGGCGCUCGAGGAAAGCGAAGGAAAGAUUCGUAAAAAGGAAGGAAUCGCGGAAACGGCACAAGGAACAAUUCUAAGAAAACCCAAUGAGAUAGCAGCUGCAAAAAUAAUAGAACUUAGUAAAAGAUGUAGAGAACAAAUAGCCGAGAUCGAAGUUCUUAAAUCAAAAUGUAAAAACCUUGAAAAUAAUUUAGCCAGCAAAGAAAUGGAAUUAGAGAAUGAAAGAAGAUGUUUGAAAACUGAUGAUGAUUCCUCGGAAAAAAGUACCGAAACAAAUAAUAAUCAGGCAAAGGAGAAGGAUGAUCAGAUGAAAUUGAUGGAAAAGUUGCAGCAAACUCAAACGAAACUCUACGAAUCUAAAAAUAAUUGCGCUAGUCUUAAACAGGAGAUUAAUAAAUUACACAAGUUGCUGUGCAACGAAGUGGGUGAUAACGUGAAUAUAAAUAAUCUUGCAAAUCAAUCUGGUGGAUGGCGAGGGAGGGCCGAACAAAUUCAUUUACUGAAUCAAAAAGUGUUGGAAUUGCAAUCAAAAUUGUCCGAGUACGAUGGAACACAGAAAACAUCUAUUGCGUCUAUAGAACGGAAGAAUCUAGCGAAUUUUCGAAACGUCGAGAGGGAGAGACGUCAGCAAAUCGAGAACUCAGCAAAGGAGCUUCGUCAAGCGGAAAUAGCCAUAGAAGGCUAUAAGCGGAAGUUGGAAGCUUCAAAGGCGAGGAUAAAAGUGUUGGAGAACGAAUUGAAUGCCGCGAAAGGAAACAUAGCGAUAUUGAACGAGAAAAGAUCUCACGAUGAUUGUUUAAUAGAAACGCUCAAUAAUCGACUUAAAAUGAUGGAGAUGAAGCAUCAAGAACGGGAAACGGAUAUGAAAAAUAGGGAAGAGAAAAUCGAACACGAAUGUACGAAUUUGAGAAAUGAUUUGCAAUCGGCUCAACUUCAAAUCGAUCGAUUAAGGAGAAGGCUGGAAGAACGUGAGAUAGAAAUUGACAAAUUAAGAAAUGGAACAGUUCCAAGCAUGGAAGAGAUUAAAGCACAAAAGAUCCCACGAUUAUUCUUAAAUAAUCUUAAUCAUAGUAGUCCCUUACACAGUUAUCGAAGUUCCUACGAACCAAAUGAAUACGUAACUUUGGCUCUUGCCGCGGAAGCCGAAAGGGAGCGACUACUAGAAUUAGUAACUGUGCUGAACAGAAGAUUGGACAAAGAGAGGAACGAUGCUGAUAUUCUUUCUAAUACUUUGCGGAACGAAAGAAACAAAUCGGCGAGAUUAGAAGCGAAGCUUGGAAAAUUAGAGACCGAAAGAGCAAGGAUCGUUAAGAUCGACAGCAGAUACAGACCGAAAUUCUCAAAAUCGUCCAACUCGAAUGACGUCGACGCAGAACAAAUGCGACUCAAAAUGGAGUUAUUUCAAGAAGAGUGUCUCACAUUAAAAGCUAGAUUAGAUACUGUGCAACAGGAAAAGGCAUCAGAUCUUGCCACUUACAAACAGAUGCUCGAUCAAGUUAGAAAAAUCUUUCAGGAUGCUUGCAGAAGUAAAGCGUCGUGUACCAUUGGCAAUCGGUCUACGAUCACUGUUUAGAUUUAUAGAUUUUAUAUGAUAUGUAUUAUUUAUAUUUAUACAAAAUUUACAAGAUUUAUUAUAAUCGAACGAUCUAAAAAAUAGAAUACUGUCUUUUCAAGAAAACUAUAAA